UCAUUUUCCCUCGGACGGUGUCCGGUGGUGCCCAAACACCAUCCGUUCCCCUCAGAGCGGCGAGGCCUAAGGGAAAAAAGCGAAGCUCGAGAAGGAGGGGCGGAGAGGAGAGAAGUAGUUGCGGCGAGGCAGGCGGCAAUGUCCGCGAGGAGCGGCGAGGGACGCGCGGCGGCGGCGGCGUUGCUGCGGGCGACCGUCUCCGAGGCGCGGGGCCUGCACCGCCACCGCCGCCACUACCACCACCACCUUCCUGCUGCUGCUGUUGCAGCUCCGCUCCUCCUCACUCCCCGCAGCUGGGCUGUGGCCAAGGACUGAGCGUGGGGGGAGAGCGAGGCCGGGCGGUGAAGAAGAAGUGAGCCGGUGCGGAGCUGCCCCGGGGGGCAGCCGAAGCUCUCGCCGCCUGAGCAUGGGAAUUCUCUUCGCUCGGAUAUGGAGGCUGUUCAACCACCAAGAGCACAAAGUGAUCAUUGUUGGCCUUGAUAAUGCAGGAAAAACAACCAUUCUUUAUCAGUUUUCUAUGAAUGAAGUAGUUCAUACCUCCCCAACUAUUGGAAGCAAUGUAGAGGAGAUUGUUGUUAAUAAUACACGCUUUCUUAUGUGGGAUAUUGGAGGCCAAGAAUCGCUUCGAUCUUCAUGGAACACAUACUAUACAAACACUGAAUUUGUGAUAGUUGUUGUGGAUAGCACAGACAGAGAGAGAAUUUCUGUAACUAAAGAAGAACUCUAUAAAAUGUUAGCACACGAGGACUUGAAAAAAGCAGGUUUGCUCAUCUUUGCUAACAAACAGGAUGUUAAAGACUGCAUGACAGUAGCUGAAAUUUCUCAGUUUCUGAAGCUAACCUCAAUUAAAGAUCACCAGUGGCACAUCCAGGCAUGCUGUGCUCUUACUGGUGAAGGAUUGUGCCAAGGACUGGAAUGGAUGAUGUCAAGACUUAAGAUCAGAUGAUUUUUAUUCUGCACAGACAUUGUACCAAAAAAAAAGUGCUGGACGUUUGGUCAUCUUGACAGCUGUGAAUUAAUGGCUUAUGUGUAUUUAUAAAAUCAAAACUUCAUUUGCUACUUUAUUUGCUACUUAACACACUAAAGCCACCUCCGACGGAAAGAAAAUAUUUUGAAGUUCAAACUUGGCUUUCCAGAUGCUUCCUCUGGGUGGAGUUCAAAUACUACAGCUGACCUUAACUUUAAAGUGAAAUCACUUGAAACUGUUUAAUAAAUAAUGUGUGGAUUGAGAAAGAAAAGGAGGGAUUUUAACACUUACAUUUUAUUAUUCCAGUCUAAUUCAUCCAGUUGAAAAUGUUGACUUUAUUAUUCCAGCAAAUCAGAAAAGAAAAUCAGUGGCACAGGUAUUGACUUCCAGUAUUGAAACUUACUCAGCUUUGUUUCAGAAAGUGCAAUUCCCCCCCCCCCCCCGGUAUGUGUACUGUACACUUUGUAUACUUAUACCUCAUGUUAAGGUUGAUUGAAAUCAGUACAGAAACAGCAAAUAGCACUGACUCUUGUCAGCAUUUUGAUGCUGAGAUCCACAACAGUAUGUGGAUGUCAGGCUUUUUAGUCCAGUUGGACUCCAUAAGAGCAGGCUGUUGGGAAUUGAAAGUACUUUAAUCUGUUUUUUAAUUGGACUGUGAAAAAUAGUACUAAAAGGGUUAUUGCUGACACAUCAUUUGUAUUUUGUCAUAUUCUGUAUGCUAUUCUCACACCACUGGGGAUGGUAAAAUUCUUUAAGAUUGUUUUAUAUACAUUUUGCACCUAAAAAUAACCAUAGAAAGAAACAUGACAUGGUCUAUUAUUGAUAAGGUUUUAUAUGGCUUAAUAUUGGCAUCUAGCUGUACUAAACAAUAAAAUAAAAUUGAAGUUUAAAAGUUGACAUUUUUAUGAAGUUGGCUGAGAAAAUAGCUUGGAAUAUGCAAUAUAGUUUAAAAACAUACUUAUGCCUGUGGGUUUUUUAUUGGGCCACCCCCAUUUGAAGCAUCUCUCAGGUGAAGUAUAUUUGUUAUAACUGAUAGUGGGACGUUGAGUUUGAUCCAGACUGAGUUGCAUUUGAGUCUCAUUGAUUUCAGUGGGAGCAAAGUCAUGACUGUAAAUUGUUCAGUUAACUACAUCUGGGCCAAGUCAAUUAUUACUUUAUAGGAGGCAGAGGUUAAAAUCCAGAUAGCUAUGUUGGUAGCAAACCGCUAUCCUGUAUAGCAAACUGCUUCUGAAAUUCUCUAGGAAUAUCUGAAGUAUUUUACUAUAUUGAUUGGAGUGGGAUGACCCUUAAAGAAACAGAAGUCUAAGCGCAGUAAAAUUGUACUUAUGAAGCACUUCUCUGGGUUGUGGAAAGAAUCCUUUAAUCCAUACGAACUACAAUUGACAGAUUUUCCUGACUCUGUUGCAAAACUCCCAGGGUAUUGAGCAGUGUGAAUAGAUUGUUAUUUUCCUUCUUAAUCCAUGUGCAGUCAACAUUGUAAAGGUUGAUGGUGGGGACAGUAAUUUGAAGAGGUGCCAUAUAACGUAGAAAAAAAUACUGCUUCUGUUUAAAAGGAUGGUUUUUCUUCUGAAAGAUUUGAAGUAUGAUUUCAGUGUUCUGAACACUGUGCCUACUAUCAGGGUUUUGUGUUAUUUAGAAGCAGAUAUAUAGCUACCACCUGAUAAACUGGAAAACCUUUAUUUUAAUUUUUUUAAAAAUACCAUUAAGUAUAAUUUGCUCCUACAUGACAAAGUUGGGUCAAAUUUUCUCAAAAUCACUACUCUUAGCUCUUGGAAUCUGAUGGAUGAAUAAACUAGGUUUGUAUGCUG